AGCUUGCGAUCUUCCGCUUCUUCUCUUUCCUCAACCCAGUUUCCCCCUCUUUUUCACGCACCUCGGUUUCCUCCCGUCUGUCUUCCCUCACGCACCUCCAUCAUGGCUACUCUCACCGACAUUGUCGAUUUGUCGUCCACCUCACUAUUGUUGUCCGCGGCCAGCAUUGCCUUCAAUCCCAUUUUCUGGAACAUUGUUGCCCGUGCAGAAUACAACAACCAUGUCCUGACUCGCAUCUUCGGUGGAGCCUACAGGGGGUGCUAUGCUCUUGCUUUCGCCAUCUUCUCCCUAGGUAUCUUGCGUGAUCAUUUGUACCAAGUCGCUCUGGAUGAGCAGCCUUUCUACGCUCCCGUACACCAGCCCAUUAUCGGUGGCAUUCUAUUUGUGGUGGGCUCCGUGUUGGUCCUGUCUAGCAUGUGGGCCCUUGGCGUGACCGGAACUUACCUGGGUGACUACUUCGGCAUUUUGAUGGAUGCCCCCGUCACUGGCUUCCCGUUCAACGUGACUGGUUCGCCGAUGUACUGGGGAAGUACCAUGAACUUCUUGGGAGUCGCUCUGUACAAGGGUCGUGUGGCCGGUCUAUUGUUGACGGCCCAGGUCUUUGUGCUGUACUGGUUCGCUCUGCAGUGGGAGGACCCCUUUACUGCUGAGAUCUAUGCCAAGCGUGAGCGUGAGCGUGCCAAGAAGCAGGGAGGCAAGAAGCAGUAAAUGCAGUGCAUGUAUAAUAGGGUUGGCUGGGACUUUCAACAUCCACGAUCCGCACAUGACAACUUCUCGGCCAGAACGAGAUAUAACAGCCCGAACCCCUUAAACCCGAAAAGCUACAUUCCGGGGGGGGG